AGAAUCAAUUUUGAAUCACAAUGGGCAUUCCUCACUUUCUUGUUCUACCAUAUCCAGUUCUAGGCCAUGUGAAUCCCCUUAUUCACUUGUCUCAGAUUCUAGCCGAACAUGGUUGCAAAAUCACUUUUCUCAAUACAGAGUUCAGUCACAAAAGGUUAAACGCCACUGGUGCAGGCCUAGACAGCCUCAAGGGAUCAGGGAUAAGGUUUGUGACACUCCCAGAUGGCUUGGACCCUGAAGAUGAUAGAACUGACUUGAAGAAACUUUCUCUCUCAAUCAAAACCAACAUGCCCUCUAUGCUUCCAAACCUCAUACAACAUCUCAAUGCUUCAGAUGUAAACAACAAGAUCACUUGUAUCAUUGUCACAAUGAGUUUGGGUUGGGCCUUGAAAAUUGGUCACAAUUUGGGACUCAAAGGGGCUCUUCUCUGGCCUGCAUCAGCAACUUCGUUGGCCGUGUGUGAUUCCAUCCCAAGGCUAACUCAUGAUGGGAUUAUAGACUCAUCUGGAUUGCCAAUCAAAAAAGGAGAAAUUCAACUAUCCCCAAAUAUGCCUAUGAUGAACACAGAAAACUUACCAUGGCGUGGCAAAGAUAAGUUAUACUUUGAUUAUCAUGUGAAAGAGAUGCAAACUAUCAAGAUAACAGAAUGGUGGCUUUGCAACUCUACUUAUGAUCUUGAGCCUGAAGCGUUUUCCAUAUCACCAAGUCUCGUGCCAAUUGGCCCAUUGAUGGCAAGUGACAGCAACAAAAGUUCAUACUGGGAAGAAGACACAACUUGUUUGGAGUGGUUAGAUCAGCAACUACCUCAUUCUGUUGUUUAUGUUUCCUUUGGUAGUAUGGCAGUGGUGGACCCAAACCAAUUUAAAGAAUUAGCUCUUGGACUUGAUUUCCUUGAGAAGCAUUUUCUUUGGGUUGUGCGUCCAAGUAAUGAUAACAAGGUAAGCAAUGCAUACCCUGAUGAAUUUCAUGGAAGUAAAGGAAAAAUUGUAGGUUGGGGACCACAGAAGAAGAUAUUGAACCACCCUGCCAUUGCAUGCUUCAUUAGUCACUGUGGUUGGAAUUCUACCAUGGAAGGUGUAUGUGGUGGAGUACCUUUCUUGUGUUGGCCAUUAGUCAAGGAUCAGUUUGUUAACAAGUCAUAUAUUUGUGAUGUGUGGAAAGUUGGAGUGGGAUUAGACAAGAAUGAGAAUGGAUUAAUAUCAAAGGGAGAGAUAAGGAAGAAGGUUGAACAACUUGUUGGUGAUGAAGGCAUAAAAGAAAGGUCAUUGAAACUGAAGGAACUGACAUUGAAUAACGUAGCAGAAGGUGGUCACUCUUCAAAGAAUCUCGAAAACUUCAUCAGCUGGGCACGGUGAUAAUAAUGUUUUAGUAUAGUUUGGAAAUUGUUGUCGUGGUUGAUGAAAGUUUUCAUUCUAUUUGCAUAAAACAAGAUGUAGUUUUUGAGGAUAUUGAAUAAUAUAAUUCUCAUUAUUUCCUUGAUAAAGGAUUAGAGAGCUUU